AUGGCGUCCUUGCUGCAUGCACUCGUGCUCUACACCGAGGGGACCUACCUCGGUGACGCCGGAUUCUCAGUUCUUGCCAGACUCGGAGGCGCGAAAGUGGGGUUGGAAAGAAGCCUCACCACAACCCUCUUUUAUCUCCGCCACCCAGAGCUUCUCCAGCAGUUUCUCACGGAAUGGGCAGCCACGCAGAUCCUCGGCGCUCCGUCGCCAGAUGUCGAGCGGCAUCUGCAUGCGAUGCAUUGCAGUCGCACCGGCCGUCUACGGAAUCAAAGGACAGGAACUGAGGUCGCGAGGGGCCUUCGUCUAGAACCGACAGUUUCAGCUCCCGGCUUUUCCCAGCGCAAACACAACCCAAGGCGGCGGUGUUUCACCUCGGCUGCGAGUCUCGAGACCGACCAAGACAUGCGGAUGGAGCCUGAGGGCUUUCCAUUCGAAGAAGGCCGAGAUGAUGGGCAGAUGCUCGACGGAUUCUCGCUCGCGGAAGCAGAAAAGUUCAUGCAGAAUCUCCCCCCUGAAUUCGCGGAGGUCCUCAACGCUGGCAGCGCUCCGACGCGGUGCAGCACGCCGGCGUGGGAGAUGCCGGAGCGGCGCGGGCGUGCCUCGUCUCUCGCUCUUUCCGAUCGCGAAGACUUCCAGGCGUUUUCUGGGGAGAGUCAGUUAUCUUCUUUCCGUUUCGACGACUCGGUGCCGCCCCCGUCUUCCGAUCAGAGAGCAGAGGAGACGCGGGCCGCCGGAGUGCCUCGCAGCAAGGUGGAGUUUUUCGAGCACCAGCUGAAGAUUUUGUCCGAUUUGCUGAUCGACGUCGAGCAAUCCGGCAGAUGCGACGGGGCAGAAGAUCUCGCUGUAGAUCUUGACGAAGAGAGCUAG